AUGUGGACAUACAAGUACAUAUAUCCUAAUAUGGAAAUACGACAUGCUGAUUGGCCAUUGGGGGCGUGGGGCGCCUCGCGUCAGCAUGACGUCACCAUCCGUUCCCACCGCCGGUUCCAAUCCCGCUCCGUGCAGAGUGCGCCGUUUGCCGAAUUGGUACUGUGCACUCAUGGUCGUGUUGCCUCGCCGCUGGAGACUCCCUUCUGCCCAAAUGCCUCGUCCGUCAUCCAUCAUCACCGAGCGACACCGUCACAAUACGACACGACAGGCGCAGAACCGAUUUGCCCGACCAAUCGUCGCAGCAUGUUGAGCUCGCUGUCCUCCAACGCACGCCGUGCAUGCGCCGCACGAUGCCUGCUUCGCGCCGAGCCGGCCAAGACGAUGGGCCUCCAGCCUCCUCGCCGGUUGUUUGCCGCCCAGUCAUCGCGGCGGCCGUCGAGCGGUGGACCGGGCCAAGGCACGCAGACGACGGCGUCGGCGGAGAAGCGUGAGCGUCACCCGACAGAGUCCGAAGAGGACAUUGCCGCCGAUCGCUCCCGCGUCGACCCUCUCCACAGACGGCGCCCGACCGAGAGCGAGGAGAGCGUCGCCGCCGACCGCCUGCCCGAAGAUCCGCUGCACCCCCCCAAGGCCGAUGGACGCGCCCGUUAG